GGCCGGGGGCGGGGCGCGGCGUCCAGGCGGCGGCGGCGGCAGCGGCGUCGGCUCCUCUGUGUCCGGCUCAGUCUCUGGCUCCAGCUCAGGCUGUGGCUCUGGCCCGCGAUGCCCCACUCGGUGACCCUGCGCGGCCCUUCGCCCUGGGGCUUCCGCCUGGUGGGCGGCCGGGAUUUCAGCGCUCCCCUCACCAUCUCACGGGUCCAUGCUGGCAGCAAGGCUGCUCUGGCUGCCUUGUGCCCAGGAGACCUGAUCCAGGCCAUCAAUGGUGAGAGCACAGAGUUCAUGACACACUUGGAGGCGCAGAACCGCAUCAAGGGCUGUCAUGACCACCUUACGCUAUCUGUGAGCAGGCCUGAGGGCAGGAGCUGGUCCAGUUCCCCAGAGGACAGCAAGGUUCAGGCACACAGGAUCCAUAUUGACCCUGACUCCCAGGAUGGCAGUCCAGCGACCAGCAGGAGGUCCUCAGCCAGUGGAAUCUGGCCAGAAGAUGGCAGGCCAAGCCCAGGAUUUCCUCAUGGGCAGUCACCUCAUCUCCCAGUCCCUCACAAUGGCACCAGCAGUGAAGCUACCUUACUGACCCAGAUGAACAACCUGCACAUGUCUCCACCCCACAGGUACAUUGACCCCGCCAGGGGCCUCCCUCGGGGUCGUGACUGUGGAAUCGACUUGGGCUCUGAGGUGUACAGGAUGCUACGAGAGCCUGCUGAGCCCACUGCCACCGAGCCCAAGCAAUCAGGCUCCUUCCGCUACCUACAGGGCAUACUAGAGGCGGGUGAAGGAGGGGAGCGGCCCGGACCAGGCGGUCCCCGGAACCUCAAGCCCACUGCUAGCAAGCUCGGCGCCCCGCUGACUGGCCUCCAGGGGCUGCCUGAGUGCGUGCGCUGCGGCCACGGCAUUGUGGGCACCAUCGUCAAGGCCCGAGACAAGCUCUACCACCCGGAGUGCUUCAUGUGCAGCGACUGUGGCCUGAACCUCAAGCAGCGUGGCUACUUCUUCCUGGACGAGAGGCUCUACUGCGAGAACCACGCCAAGGCCCGCGUCAAGCCGCCCGAGGGCUACGAUGUGGUAGCAGUGUACCCCAAUGCCAAGGUGGAGCUCGUCUGAGCCCCUCCCCAGACUGCCCAUCCUAGCCUCUGCUGCUUUUAACACCCAUGUUCUGCCCGUGUAAAUAUGUGUCUCCCCUUACCCCCACCCCUGCGUCUCUAAUAAACUACUCGCCUCCAACACA